CUUCUGCAUCACAGGAUUAAGCAAUCUUCCAACCUCAGAUUUCCAAGUAGCUGGGAUCAUAGGCAAAACCGAGACAAUUUUUAAUUUUUUUGUAGAGAUGCGAUCUCACCGUACUGCCCAGCCUGGUCUUAAUCUCCUGAACUUGAGUGACCCUCCCACCUCAGCCUCUGAAAGUGUUGCUAUGACAAGCAUAAGCCACUGCACCUGGCCAAGAUUUCUCUUAAUUUCCCUACAAUACUUGAUUUCUAAUUGGCAGCUCACAGGUUAGAAUUAUUGUUGCUCUAACUGUUUCACAUGUCAAUGGAAGCCAGGGACAACUUCCCACCCCAUCAUAUUUCAUUUUCUCAAAACCUCUGGACAGGUGAUUCACAAAUUCUCUUUCUUCUCAUGGGACACGGGAUUAAAAAAACAUUUUGAAUCUUCAGGAAAAGGGGUUAAAUUACCUUUCUCAAGAAGUGCUUCAUUGCUGGCAGAUUUGGAAACAAAGGAUCCGGGAUUUAAGUGUGAGUCAGGAUUAUAUCAUGAACCUUCAAGAACAGUGUUCCCCUCAUUUAGAAGAUGUUUACCUCUGUGAAGAGUGGGCACGCAUGUCUCUUCAGAUUUCUGAAAACAAAAACUAUGUAGUAAAUGCCAUUAUCAAAAAUCGAGAUAUCACAGCAUGUCAAAGCCUGACACAGGUUCUUACCCCAGAAUCUUGGAAGAAAGCCAACAUAAUGACGGAGCCCCAGAAAUCUCAGGGAAUAUAUAAGGGAAUUUACGUGGAAAAGAAAUUGUACAGACGUGCUUGGCAUGAUGACAGCCUCAAUUGGACCUCACGUGAUCAUCAUGAGUCCCAAGAAUGUAAAGGAGAGGACCCUGGUAGACACCCCAACUGUGGGAAAAACUUGAUUAUGAAAUCAACAGUUGAACAACAUGAUGCGGCCCAUGCUUUACCACAACCUUUCACAUGUAAUAACUGUGGGGUGGCCUUUGCAGAUGAUACAGAUCCUCGUGUCCAUCACAGCACUCACCUAGGAGAAAAAUCUUAUAAAUGUGACCAGUAUGGAAAGAACUUAAGUCAGAGCCAAUAUCUUAUCAUUCAUUGUAAAACCCACUCAGAAGAGACUCCCUAUGAAUUCCACGAAUGGCCUACAGGCUGUUAACAGAGCUCAGACUUUCCCAGAUGUCAGAAAGUCCCCUCAGGAGACAAUCCCUAGAAAUGUAAAUAAUGUGGCAAGGGCUUCAGGUGCAACUCCUCCCUUCACAACCAUCAUCGAGUCCACAAAGGGGAGAUGCCCUACAAAUGCGACUUAUGUGGGAAAGCGUUUGGAUUUAGGUCACUUCUUUUUAUUCAUCAGGGAGUACACACAGGGAAAAAGCCCAACAAAUGGUGAAGAGUGUGGGAAGGGCUUUGAACAGUACUCCAACCUUCUUAUCCAUCAGAGAGUCCACACUGGAGAGAAGCCCUACAUAUCCAGUGAGUGUGGCAAGUGUUUUAGUUCAAGCUCCCUUCUUCAAGUCCACUGGAGGUUUCACACAGGGGAGAAACCUUAUAGGUGUGAUGAGUGUGGAAAGGGCUUCAACCAAAGUACACAGCUUCACAUUCACCAGAGAGUCCACACAGGGGAGAAACCAUACAAAUGCAAUGUUUGUGGAAAGGAUUUUGCUUAUAGCUCUGUUCUUCACACUCAUCAGAGAGUUCACACUGGAGAAAAACCAUAUAAAUGUGAAGUGUGUGGCAAGUGCUUUAGUUACAGUUCAUAUUUUCACUUCCAUCAGAGUGAUCACACCAGAGAGAAAUUAUAUAAAUGUGAUGAGUGUGGUAAAGGCUUCAGCCGGAAUUCAGAUCUUUAUGUUCAUCUCUGAGUCCACACAGGACAGAGACCCUAUAAGUGUAAGGCAUGUGGUAAGGGCUUCAGUCGUAAUUCACACCUCCUUGCCCAACAGAGAGUGCAUAUAUAUGAGACACAGCACACACAUUGUGAGCAUGGCAAAGACCUUCUGACUCAUCAAAGACUACAUGAGCAGAGAGAAACAUUAUAAACGUAGUAAGUCAGGGUUAAAUUAGGAAAACAGAAGCCACACUGUAUUCCAGAUAAUAGAAGCUUACUCAGCCUGUGGGAGGGCUGGGGGAGCAAAAGACAGGGACACUGCCAUCGACAAUGUCAGCCCGCAGCACUGGGGUGUGCCAGGCAAGUAUUGUGGAUUUCAAGAACUUCUGUAUGCUACAAUGGCAAAGUAGGUUACUCUUGACAAAUGGGUGGUUUGUGGUAGUGUUUGUAGUUAGAGGUAAAAUUUCCAUUAAAGGGUGUAUCCAGGAAAAAAAUUCUAAUUGGGAUGAUUAUGGUAAGGUCUUCAGUUUAGCCAAAGUCCCUAGAUUUUUUUUAGUCCCCAACGGAAAAAUACUCUCUGUAUGAAGAACAUUCAAAAGUGUGCUCGGAAAUGAAACCAAUGCUCUUACUAUGAAAGAAUAUUAGUACUCAGGUUUUCUAUGAGAUUCUCUGCACAGGCAAGAAGCUCUGCAGAAGUGACAUUUGAAGGAUGCGGCAAAGGCAGUGCUGUAUUAAUCACACUGGUUCCAUUUCCUUGCAAAUAAGAAGACUCUAUUCCUCAGUAACUCUUGCAGUUAAGAGUGUGCCCAUGUUUGAGUUCUAGCCAAUGGAGUGUGAGCAAAAGUGAUACAAGCCACUUUCAGGUCUAGCCUUUAUAAACAUCCUCAGGCUUCUCUAUCCCUGCCAAGGUGACCUCGGAAGCUGCUUAUUCCAGACUGGGUCGAUAGAAGGUCGCUAUCUGAUCUGUGUUGGCUUUCUUUUUAGAGUAAGAAAUAAAAAUUCAUUGUGUCUCACCACUGAGAUUUUUAGUGGUUUAUUUGUUACUGCAGCAUUGCCUAGGCCAUCCUGACUAGCAUGGAGGGAUUUUAUAGCAAUAUGUUUCAUUGUCAUUGGAGUCCACAUACAGAAGCAACAUUGUAAUUCAGAGUUCAAAGCUUUUAAGUCUUUAAGGCUUGAUGUGGCAGUGCAACCAUCUAAAAUGGUAUGGAUGGGACUUCUCCAGUGAUAACCUUCAUUCUUUGGUGUGUACACCAAAAAGAAAUGUUCAAGAUGAUAUAGCUGUGGUAAAACUUUACUGAAAAGUACAACCCACAGACGUAAGAAAUCUCAUACAAUAGAGAAACUCUGUAGGGUGGGAGCUGAAUAAAUUUGUCAGCUCACACAUUAAGUGCGAUAAAAAAUUAACUAGAAUAGGUGUUCUGUGGUUAGUCUUAAUAAAAUUAAUUGAAUAAAGCUAACAUUUACUAAAGUGAGCAAUAACAUGUAAAAAACCAACAGUGUUCAUUUCAGACUGAUGCAGUCUUCUUCUCAGCAGACUUGUAUAAUAAUGGGUUUUUAAAGGGUGCUCUUUCUGUCAGCUUCCUCCCAAAAUUGUCAUUUAAUUGGGGAUAACAGAUGAAUUCGAGAGGCGAUCUCUUUGCUCUUUUUUUUUUUUUUUUGGAAACAGGGUAUUGCUCUGUCACCCAGGUGGCUGGAGUGCAGUGGCCUGAUCAUGGCUCACUGCUGAAGCCUUGAACUCCUGGGCUCAAGUGAUCCUCCUGCCUCAGCCUCCUGAGUAGCUGGGACUACAGGCAUAUACCACCAUGUUCAGCUAAUGUUUUCUUUAAAAAAUUUACUUGUAGAGAUGGGGUCUUGCUUUAUUUCCCAGGUUAGUCUCAUUCUUGUUUCAAGUGAUCUUCCUACCUCAGCUUCCCAAAGUGCAGGGAUUACAAGUGUGGGCUACUGCACUCAGCCCACAAUGUCUUUUAUUUUUUCUUCAAAAACAAUAUCCUUUUUUGUUUUAAUUGACUUAUAGGUUUCUUCAUUUGGAUCAUGGUUUAUUCCUAGUUUUUCCUUCAUUACAUUUUCCUGCCAGUUAUAGUUUGUAAAUAGAAUAGCCAGUCAAGUGCAAAUAAAACCAUCUCUGAAGUGUCAUUUUCUUACUGAUCAGGUGGAUAAGAGUGAAGUAUUUUAAAAAUUCUAUGUCAGUAGAAAUGAGGAAAUGAGUGUUCUUACAUAAGUUGGUGGGGAAAAAAAACAGGUACAAAGUUGCUGGAGAGGAUCUUGUCUAUAUAUAUCAGAUGUACAAUUUGCAUUGUCUUUGAGCCAAUGAUCCUCCUCAGAAUAUAUUUUUAGGAUGUAAUUACAUGAGUGGAAAAAUAUGGUUUCAGAAAGAAAUAUAUUCUAAGAAUUUUGCAAUGAGAAGACCGUAAACAACCUGAAGCUUCAUGUGUAAGAAUUAAGUAAAUUAAGGCAUCCCAUAUAAUGGAAUAACAUGGCUCCAUCAACAAUGAUCUAGAUCUAUAAACAUGUCCACAUAUUAUUGUCCAUGUCCACUACAUACUCCAGUCUUCCUACGCAAACAGUAGGUUAGAGAAAAAAUCUGGGAUACACAUUAUCCCAGGAAGCUUUUGGGGUUUACAAUGGGUGCUACAUUCCCUCAUGACAGACUCAGCCCUCAGCCUUGGUGGAGGUGUCCCAGGCAAUCCUCCAGUUUGGUCAGGAGCAGCCCUUGCAUAUCACAUUAAGGUUUUUAAAUAUAUGAUGCUAACAGGAUUGUCUCCCUACUUCAUAACAUUGUUUGCUUUUCCUCUUGUAACAAAGUAGCAUGGAAAAAGCAGAAAUUAGUCUAGCACCCAAUCAGUGGGAGCCAAUCUCAUUUACAAAUGUAGAUGCAGAGAUCCUAAAUAAAUAUGAGCAUGUCAAAUCCAAUGAUUUGAUAAAAGCAUAACAGACUCUGCUCAUGUAUAAUUUAUCCUAAAUAUGCUUAUCAGCUUCUGCCUCAUAACACACACAAGAACUGAGUAGCUCUAAAUACAAAUUUAUUUAGCUCAUGAUGUGUGAGCUGGCAAGUUCAGUUGGCCUUAGCUGAGCAGUUCUGUUGUGGGACAUGCUAGAUUACCUUAACUGGGCUUUGUGCAUGCAUCUGCAUUCAGCUGAUGGCUCAUCUGGGCCUGGCUGUUUUAUGAUGGUCAUAGAUGAGACAAUGAAGUUCUCUCUGUCAUCAUGGUCUCUCAUCCUCCAGAAGACCAAUCUAGGGUUGGUCCCAUAGUGCCAGGGUUUCAAGAGCAAAAACUGUGAUCUCUUAAGGCCUCAUCAGAGAACAGGCUCAAUGAUACUUCCACCACAUUCUAAUGAUUAAAGCAAGUCACAACACUGGCCUAGAUUCAUGCGGUGGGAUUAAGACAAGAUAAAAAAUGUUGAGACAUAAUCAUUGGAAGGAAAACGAAGGAACUAUUUUUAUGUUAGAGAAUAAUGUUAUUUACUUAUAAAAUUCAAAUUCGCCUGUAAAAUUUGACCAGUUGAAGUCUGUUUUAAAAUUAUCAGUUCAAAAAAUUGGUUUCACACAAAAUUGGCACAUGAAAAUUCAUAGCAUCACUAUGUAAGUGUCUUUUAUAAAAUGUAGCCAAAAUGUUUCAUUCACAAUAACAAUUGUGUGCAAAACCAGAAGUGUCCAAAGGUAAUUCUGGGAGUUCCCUUUGGGAUGCGUAGGUGAGGAGCUAUCUGGAGCCUCAGACUCCCACAUUCUUCAGUGGGAAGGGCUUUACAUGAGCUCAACUUCCCAGCGGCUUUCUCUUUCUGAUGGGAGGUGUUAGAACCUGGCUUUCUCAUGCAACUUCUGUGAAGCUCUGACAACUAAAGCCAGAUUGUCUGUUUUAGUCAACCUGUCGGAUCAAUUAGUCAUUUGAUCUGACAACUAAAGCCAGAUUCUCUGCUUUAAUUAAGUAGUCCAGAUUACCUUCAUAGUCAAUUAGUUCCCCCACCAACAUGGAUGCCUUCACAAUUGCUCUUUAAGAAGGAUAAAAGCAUAGGGGUGAGGUGUGGUCUAUCCCCUGCAUCACCAAGGCCCUGGUGAUUCUUCAAGUGGUGAGAGAAAUUGUGGUCCUGUGCGUUCUCUUCCAGACCCUUAGCUUAUGUGUUUUCCCUAUAAAACUUCGUCCUAAUCCCAGCACUUUGGGAGGCCGAGGUGGGUGAAUCACGAGAUCAGGAGUUUAAGACCAGCCUGGCCAACAUAGUGAAACCCCGUCUCUACUAAAAAUACAAAAAAUUAGCUGGGCAUAGUGGCAGGCACCUGUAAUCCCAGCCACUCAGGAGGCUGAGGCUUGAGCCCAGGAGGUGGAGGUUGCAAUGAGCCAAGAUCGCACCACUGCACUCCAGCCCAGGCGACAGGGAGAGACUCUGUCUCAAAAAAAAAAAAAGAAGUCCCUUAUGUGUGAUGAUAAAAUUUGAUGAAGAGCAACAUUGGUGGACUUACACUACCAGAGAUCAACAUUUAUUAUAAAUUUUCUGUAAUUAAUACAGUGUAGUAUUAGCUCAGGAGAGAAAAAAUAGAUCAAUGGAAAAGAAUAGGGAGUCGAAAAACAGAUCCACAUGUAUACAGUGAGUCAGUUUAUCAGCCUUGAAAUAUGUUGCAGAAAUAAUAGUCAUUUUAAUAACUGAUGCUGGGUUCACUGGCUACUUAACACUAGUUCUUCAUAAAAUUGCAGGUAAUAAAUACAAAUAACAUGCAGCUGGAAGACUGGGAUCAGUGGCUGUGCCUCCACUAGACUGCCCAUAGAAACACAUAGUAACAGCUACCAAAGGUGUCUGAUCUGUCUUGUCAUUUUUUUAACUCAUUUUGUUCAGGUAUAAUUUAAAUAAAGUGCAGAUUUUAACUACAUUUGUUUUAAAAAUGUACAUAUCCUUGUUAAUAAUGCACAUUCAACAUGUUAAACAUUUUCUUUACCCCAAAAAGUUCCCUUGUGCCCCUUUCCCUUCAUUUCUUUCCAAAAAAGGAUA